CCUCCUCCCCGAUGCAGCUGUGACGUGUGCGACCGUUCCUUUGCCCACUCCACCAAGCUCCUCGCCCACCGCUCCAUCCACAGCGGCCACAAGCCCUUCCCCUGCCCGUCCUGUGGCCGAUCCUACAACCGCCUGGACAACCUCCGCCGCCACCAACGCUCCCACCUGCUCCCCCCGCGCCUCCACCGCUGCCCGACCUGCGCCCGGACCUUCCCGGACUCCGCCCGGCUGAACCGGCAUCAGGAGACGCACCGCGCGGGUUCGGUGGCGGGCGUACCCGGGGGAACGCCCCCAGCGCAUCCGGGGAAACCCCACCGCUGCGCGGACUGUGGGCGCGGUUUCAUCCGUGCGUCCCGACUCGCCGCCCACCGCUGCCAAACCGCCGACCGCCAAACCCACCGCUGCGCGGACUGCGGCCGCGCGUACAGCCGGGCCGAGAACCUCAAACGCCACCAACGGGCCCACGGGCGCCCGAAGCGGCCGUUAUCCUGCCUGCUCUGCCGCAAGACCUUCAACCUCUUCUCCACCUUCCUCGCGCACCAGGCCUCGCACACGGGGGAGAAACCCUUCCGUUGUCCCGUCUGCGCCAAGUCCUUCGGCGUCCCCGCGUCCCUCCGCGCCCACCAGUCCAUCCACACGGGCCACAAACCGUACCGCUGUUUGGCGUGCGGCAGCAGUUACAACCGCCUGGACAAUCUGCGCCGCCAUCAGCGCGGACACGGGCAGAGCGGCGGCGGAGACGGCGGAGACGGGGAGGGGGACGUGGAGGGAACUUUUCCACCCGCCGCCGCCGAAAUCGCCGCUGCCUCCCCGCGCCCACGCCCCCGUUACCGCUGCGACCUCUGCGGCGAGACUUUCGCGCGCCCGGCGGCACUGUCUAGCCACCGUCUCGCCCACGUGGGGAUGACCUUCCCCUGCGAGGCCUGCGGGGAAACAUUCACCGACAUGCCAGCCUUCCGCCUCCACCGACUGGCGCACGCACGCGCCGACCCUGACCCGUUGCCCGCGCCCUCCCCGUCUCGCGCCGCCCCGGAUGUUGCCGUCUGCGGCGAGGCUUUCCCCGAGCUGUCUGGGCUGGAGGCUCACCGUCUGGUUCACCCAGACGUCUCCUACGAGUGCGAUGUCUGCGAGGGCGAGACUUUCCCCAGCCUGUCUGGGCUGGAGGCCCACCGUCUGGGCCACUCAGACGUGUCUGUUGUCUGUGAUGUCUGCGGGGAAACUUUCCCGGACCUGUCUAGCCUGCAGACGCACCGUCUAGACCACUCAGACGUGGCUGUUGUCUGUGAUGUCUGCGGGGAAACUUUCCCGGACUUGUCCAGCCUGCAAACCCACCGUCUAGACCACUCAGACGUGGCCUUUGGCUGUGACACUUGCGGGGAGACAUUCCCGGACUUGUCUAGCCUCGGGAAACACCGUCUAGCCCACCCAGACGUGACUGUCGAGUGCGGGGCCUGCGGGGAGACAUUCACCGACCUGUCUAGCCUGCAGACGCACCGUCUGGUUCACUCAGACAUGGCCGCCGUCUGUGACGUCUGCGGUGAGACGUUCCCGGACCUGUCUAGCCUGCAGACGCACCGCCUCUCCCACCCAGACGUGACUAUCGACUGCGCCGUCUGCGGCGAGACGUUCCCCGACCUGUCUAGCCUCCAGACGCACAGUCUGGCCCACUCAGACGUCAGCUUCGAGUGCGACAUUUGCAGCGAGUCUUUCCCCGACCUGUCUAGACUCGAAACGCACCGUCUGGGCCACCCAGACGUUUCCUUCGAGUGCGAUGUCUGUCGUGAGACCUUCCCCGACCUGUCUAGACUGCAGACUCACCGUCUGGGGCAUGCGGACGUUCGUUACGAAUGCGACACUUGCGACGAAACCUUCCCCGACCUGUCUAGACUUCAGAUUCACCGUCUCGCGCACGCAGACGUUCGUUACGAAUGCGAUGCUUGCGACGAAACCUUCCCCGACCUGUCUAGACUGCAGACUCACCGUCUGGCGCACGAGGACGUCACGUUCGAAUGCGAGAUCUGCAGCGAGUCUUUCCCCGACCUGUCUAGACUGCAGACUCACCGUCUGUGCCACGGUGGGGGCUCGCUGGAGGUGGGGGGGUUCCCAGACGCCGGGCGUCUCCCACCGGCGUAUUCCUGCGCCGUUUGCGGACGGCGUUUCGCGAAAGCAUCGUCGUUCCUCGCCCACCAAGCCGUACACACGGGUGCGAAAUCGUUUCGCUGUCACGCCUGCCCGCGGAGUUACAACCGUCUAGACAACCUCCGCCGACACCAGCGUGUUCACCUGGGAGACCGCCCCUUCCGUUGCACGCUCUGCGGCGACGGUUUCACCUCCUCCGCGCUCCUGCGCUCGCACCGCUCCACCCACACGACCGUCCGCUGCCCCGACUGUGGCGACCCGCUGCCCCGCGCCACCUCCCGCCACCGUUGCCGCGGCUUCCGCUGCUCCUCCUGCGGCGCGCUCUUCGCCGACCGGCAGAGCUGCCGCGAGCACGCGGAGCUCCACCGGCGCCCGUCCCUCCAGUGCGGGGAUUGCGGCGAGAUUUUCAGCGAGCCGGGCGCUCUCUCCCGCCACCGGCUCUCCCACCGGCCCGAGUACCGCUGCCGGGAGUGCGGGGGAAAACGUUCGGGAAAGCCCACGGACUCUCCCGGCACCGCUGCGGCGGCGGCAACGGCAACGGCGGCAACAACCGGCCCAAACGGCGCAUCGUGGCGCCGGCCGACCGUUCCUUCCGCUGCCAGGCGUGUCCGCGCAGCUACAACCGCCUCGACAACCUCCGACGUCACCAGCGUGUCCACUUGGGCGAUCGCCCGUUUCGUUGCACGCUCUGCGGCGACGGUUUCGUUUCCUCCGCCGCCCUGCGCACCCACCGCACCGGACACGCCCGUGCCGGCGCCAACAUCUGCCGGGCGUGCGGGCGGUCGUUCGCCAAGGCCGAGGACCUGGCUCAGCAUCGCUGCGGCCGCUCGCUGCGCUGGGCGGUGGCGGGAUCAGCGGCGGAAACGGCGGAUGCGGCAAAGCCCCAGCCGUCGGAACAGCCCGCCCCCUCCUCCCCGCCCCCUCUCCCCCCCUCCCCCUCCCCGCAACCCGAGGGCGCGCGGUGCGAGGUUUGCGGCCUGCGCUUCCCCGACGCUUUCUCCCUCGCCUCCCACCGUCUUCUCCACGUCUGGGGCGAGGGCGAGGGGGAUGGGGAGGUGGCGGAAGAUGGGGAGGUGGUGGAAGAGGGAGAGGGAGAGGGGGAGGGGGCUCGCUGCCCAGAUUGCGGGGACCCCAUCCCAGACGAGACCGCCAGAGCCCAGCACCGGCUCCGACACGCCUGGGAGCGCCCGUUCCAGUGCGAUGCUUGCGACCGCUCCUUCGCUGAUUCCUCCGCCCUCACCGACCACCAGAUUCCCCGCCGUCCUGCGGCACCUCCCGGCGUGGGGCGGCGGCCUCUGCCGCUGCCAGGGCUGCGGCGAGCUCUUCGAGGACCCUUCGGCCCUGCAGGAGCACGUCAGGCUAUCCCACGGGGAGGGGGACGGCAGCGGCGGCGGAAGCGGCGGCGCGGGCCGGGGAAAACCGUACGAAUGCGAAAUUUGCCGCAAGACUUUCGGCACCGGCGCGGCGCUCCGAGCCCACCAGACCAUCCACACCGGCAAGAAGCCCUACGCUUGCCAAGUUUGUUCGCGCACUUACAACCGCCUCGACAACCUACGCCGCCACCAACACUCGCACGCCACGGUCAAAGCGGAGGGCGCCAAAUCCGCCGACGAGCAACCGCCCGCUGACGAAGGUUCCGCGCCCUGGUCUAAGAUGGUCGUAACGCCUCGAUUAUCGCUGGAAAACGCCAUCGAUCACGUGAAGGGGAUUCGGAACCAGUCCCACAAGGAGGAAGAGGUGGAGAGAAUUCCGGAAGGCACCGGAGUUGCGGAGAGGACUCAGGGACGGACUGGGAAUGAGCAGAGCGAUCGGGAAGGGACGGGAGGUGCGGAGAGGGUUCGGGAAGAAACUGGGAAUGAUGAGAGGGUUCGGGAAGGGACGGGAGUUGUGGAGAGAAUUCGGGAACAAACUGGGAAUGAUGAGAGGGUUUGGGAAGGGACGGGAGGUGCGGAGAGGGUUCGGGAACAAACUGGGAAUGAUGAGAGGGUUCGGGAAGGGACGGGAGGAGAGGAGAGGGUUCGGGAAGGAUCGGGAGUUGCGGAGAGAAUUCGGGAACAAACUGGGAAUGAUGAGAGGGAUUGGGAAGGGACGGGAGUUGCGGAGAGGGUUCGGGAACAAACUGGGAAUGAUGAGAGGGAUUGGGAAGGGACGGGAGGUGCGGAGAGGGUUCGGGAAGGAACGGGAGGUGCGGAGAACAUUCGGGAACAAACUGGAAAUAAUGAGAGGGUUUGGGAAGGAACGGGAGUUGUGGAGAGAAUUCGGGAAGAAACUGGGAAUGAUGAGAGCGAUAGGGAAGGAACGGGAGGUGUGCAGAGAAUUCGGGAAGGAACGGGAGGAAUCGGGAAUGGACUGGGAAGGAUGAGGGCGAUCGGGAAGGAACGGGAGGUGAGGAGAGAAUUCGGGAAAGAAUGGGAGGAGAGGAAGGGAAUCGGGAAUGGACUGGGAAGGAUGAGAGCGAUUGGGAAGGAACGGGAGGAGAGGAAGGGAAUCGGGAAUGGACUGGGAAGGAUGAGAGCGAUUGGGAAGCAAGGGGAGGUGAGGAAGGGAUUUGGGAAGGAAUGGGAGGUGAGGAGAGAAUUCGGGAAAGAAUGGGAGGAGAGGAGAGAAUUCGGGAAAGAAUGGGAGGAGAGGAAGGGAUUUGGGAACAACCUGGGAAUGAUGAGAGGGAUCGGGAAGGAACGGGAGAUGUGCAGAGAAUUCGGGAAGGAACGGGAGGAGAGAAGGGGGAUUUGGGAAGGAAUGGAGAGAAUUCGGGAUUGGACUGGGAACGAGAGGGAUUGGGAAACGAUGGGAGGUGAGGAGAGGAAUCGGGAAGAGACCGGGAACGAGGGGAGGGAUCGGGAAGCGAGGAGGGAAAAAUCGGGCGGGCGGCUGGGCUACCAAUGCCGCCAUUGCGGUAAGCUGUUCCGCUGGGCCUGCGUGUUGGAGGCUCACCAGCGCUACCAUCUUGGCGAGCGUCCGUUCGAAUGCGGUGCGUGCGGGAAGGCGUUUGUCACCGCUAGCAACCUGUCGGACCACCGGCGCGUCCACUCCGCUGAUCGCCCCCACCGCUGCGGCCGAUGUGGUCGAACCUUCGAGUCCGCCGUGGUCCUGAGCGCCCACCGGCAGUCGCACGCCCGCCAUUAUCUCUGCACCGCGUGCGGCAAAAGCUUCGGCACUUCGGCGCACUUGGCCGUGCAUCAGCGCUCGCACACGGGGGAGCGCCCCUUCCCGUGCCGGCUGUGCGGGCGUGCGUUCGCGGAAGCCGGCAAGCUUGCCCGCCACGGGGCCGUACACCGCGACUACGCGGGGGAUCCGAAGUCGUACAGGUGCGCGGAAUGCGGCAAGGGUUUCCCCGAACCCGGCAGGCUGUCGGCCCACCUACGCGUCCACACCGGGGAGCGGCCCUACCCGUGCCGGCUGUGCGGCAAAGCCUUCGUCACCGCGGGCAACCUCUCGGCGCACCAGCGAAUACACACCGGAGAGAGACCCCACAGGUGCGCCGAGUGCGGGAAGGGCUUCGUCACCGGCGGGAACCUGGCGUCCCACCAGCGGAUACACACCGGAGAGAGACCCUAUCGCUGCUCCGAGUGUGGACGCUGCUUCCUGGAGGCCGGGAAGCUGGCCCGGCACCAGGCCGGCCACACCGGCACCAAACCCUACCCGUGUCCCCGCUGCCAGCGCACGUUCUCCCGCACCGACUCGCUCCGGGCCCACCAGAGGCGGCACGAGAGGGAGGGAGAGAGAGCGAGAUCGCCCGCUCACACGCUAGUCUAGUUUAGAGAGACAGCGAGGGAAACAGGAGGCAAAAGUCGGCCAUCUUGAACCAGGCCCCAAAGUCGGCCAUCUUGAAACAGGAGGCAAAAGUCGGCCAUCUUGAACC